AUGGCUCCUCCUCCGUUGUCUGCAAAGGGACCUUUAAAGACCCCUUACACUGGCGUAGAGCUGCUGAAUACCCCUUACCUGAACAAAGGUACCGCCUUCACCGUCGAGGAGCGUCACGAAUUUGGCUUGACAUCACUACUGCCGUCCGCCGUCCAUUCGCUUCAGCAGCAAUUGGAUCGGGCAUGGGGUCAAUACCAGAGCCGCGGGGACGAUCUCUCCCGGAAUACCUUCCUGACCUCGCUAAAGGAGCAGAAUGAAGUCCUGUACUAUCGCCUUGUAUUGGACCAUCUAUCUGACGUCUUCAGCGUCGUGUACACCCCAACUGAAGGCGAAGCGAUUGAGAAUUACUCACACAUCUUCCGUCGUCCGGAAGGCAUUUUCCUCAAUGUGCACGAGCCGGGAAAGGUCGAUGAAGCACUAUCCAAGGGUGGAAAUCCCGAGGAUAUCGACUACAUCGUCGUCACCGACGGCGAGGAAAUCCUCGGGAUCGGCGACCAGGGCGUCGGUGGUGUGCUCAUCUCCGUUGCGAAAUUGGUCCUCAUGACCAUUUGCGCUGGCGUCCAUCCCAACCGUGUACUCCCUGUUGUGCUAGACUGCGGCACGAACAAUCAGAAACACCUCGAUGAUCCGCUCUACCUCGGCCUCCGCGAGAAGCGCGUCCGCGGCGAAGCCUACGAUACACUGAUCGAUACCUAUAUCAAGAGCGCGCGGAAACGCUUCCCCAAAGCUAUCCUGCAUUUCGAGGACUUCGGCUUGACCAACGCCCGUCGCAUCCUGGACAAGUAUCGAUCCGAGGCGCCGGUGUUCAACGACGAUGUCCAAGGGACCGGCUGCGUCACGUUAGCGGCCAUCUUCGCCGCGCUGGACGUCAGCAAGCAGCAGCUCAAAGACCUCCGCAUGGUCGUCUUCGGCGCAGGCAGUGCGGGUGUGGGAAUCGCCGAUCAAGUCCGCGACGCGAUCGCCGCCCGGCAGAACAUCAGCAAAGAAGCCGCCGCGAAACAGAUCUACCUCAUCGACAAACCGGGCCUGCUCACCACCGAAACCGAAGGCCUCUCCGCCGCCCAGGAGAUAUUCGCCAAAGACCCCCAGGAAUUCCACGGAGGCGAGCAAAAGAAGGGGCAAACGGGCCUGCUCGAGGUCAUCAAGCAGGUCAAACCCAACGUGCUCAUCGGCACGUCCACCGUCCCGGGGGCCUUCACGCAGGAGAUCGUCCAGGAGAUGGCGAAACACACCCCGCGGCCCAUCAUCCUCCCGCUCUCCAACCCAACCCGCCUCCAUGAAGCCGUGCCCAAAGACCUCUACCACUGGACCGACGGCCAAGCCCUGGUGGCCACGGGCUCCCCCUUCGCCGCUGUGAAGGGCCCCUGGGGCGAGCACGGCGAAGAGAUCGAGAUCGUGCCCGCGGAGUGCAACAACAGCGUCGUCUUCCCGGGCAUCGGCCUCGGCGCGGUGCUCUCCCGCGCGAAGCUCAUCACCGACGAGAUGCUCGUGGCGGCGGUCGAGGGCGUGGCCUCGCUCUCCCCCGCGAAGGAGGACCCCGCGAUGCCGCUGCUGCCCGGGGUGGACGCCGUCCGCCCGGUCAGCGUCCGCGUCGCGAGGUGUGUCAUCCUGGCCGCGGUCAAGGGCGGCGUCGCCAUGCAGGAGGGGAUCCCGACCGGGGAGGCCGAGCUCGACGAGUGGAUCCGGCAGCAGAUGUGGGAGGCGGAGUAUCGGGAGAUGAAACUCGUGAGGAAGUGA